AUGGAGAGUCUGCCAUUGUUCGGAUUUGCGCGGUGGAUGGCUGGUGGCUCUGCCGACGCACCAGGCGAGAGUGGUGAUGUGCGUUCAAGCGGCAACCACACUCAGAUCAGUCCACAAACUCGGCUGAGGCAGGCCGGUAUUAGAGAGCGCACCGAUGAGAGCUUUGACCUGCCGAAGAGUGGCGACAUCAUGCAACAUCUCGCGGAGUCCUACAGCAGCCGUACACAACGAGCCCCCCACUCCAACCAGCCGCGCUCUCCAUCAUGCGGAGCCACGAGCGCUGUCCACACCACUCAGCAUGAAUUCGAGAUGGCCCGGGACGCUUACGACACCAUCGAAGCGGAGAUCGACACUUUGAAAGAUGAUAUCCUCAGAAUGCGACAGGAGGCCGAUCUGAGAAGCACUGGCCCCAAUACGGAGCAAGAACUGGCCGCGGACAGGUUUCUGUCGACCCGAAGCAAGCGCUGGUUGGCUCAGGGAAGCAAAGUCCAGGAAGAAUCAGCCGCAGUUCGAUUGCAGCGACUGCACCAAGGCAAUAAGACCAACACAUCUGGCCCAAUCCAAGCACAGCAGAGGUCGUCGGUUCCACCGAGCUCAAUGGACUUCCCGGCAUUGUCUCAGCAUGUCCCUUCCAGGAUGAUGUCGCCAACCGAAGAGCCAGCGCAGGGUCGCAAGCUUUCAUAUGCUCACGCAGCCACGGGUCCCGAUUCUUCAGCUACCGUACCACUCUCAGUGAGCAAUCUGAUCGAGCAUUCGAAGGACGAUCUUCGCCAUACCAAGGACGAACAAGACUCUGUCAUCAUUCUCGCCUCAGAUAUGCGGAACAUCAGAUCCUCCAUCGAGCCUUCCCCUGAUACCCGCAGCCCCGGUGACAACACAGGCACGAAGCUGCCACGCUUCGCUCAACCAACAAAGUCCUUCGCCAGGCGCGCGGGAGAGACGCUCCGCAAAGACUCGGCCUCUAUUGUUCCCAGGUCGCCUGGUGAAAGCUCGCCCGGCAAGACCAUGAAAGGAAGGGAGCCACUGUUGUCCACGGCGAAGCGAGCUGCGCAGCAUCAAAAGAAGAGAAGCUCCCUACCCGGUGAUUGGGUGAACAACGCAGGUGGCGGGGGAAACAAGACACCGGACAAGGCACCAAAAUCAAAUGGCAAGCCAGGCGAGAAUGCUUCCCCCAAAGUCACCGGCGUUUCGCCGUCAGCUGAAGGUCGGCAGCUGGAGAAGGGAUCACAGGCCAAGGAAAACGUUGCGAAGAUGAAGCUGAAGGCUAAAGACGUGCAAGCUGCGACGCCCAAGCAGAAGCGGUCUUACAUGGCACCUACUACCGCAGCUGCGCAGCGUGGCAUUGUCAAGCCUGGCAACCCCAAGCCUCAGCCUGCCGUUGCGAAGCAGAUCACCGAAGUACGUCUGGAUGCCGCAAUCUCGGCUCGACCGACGCAGACUAUUUCUGCUUCGGACACCUCCUCUGUCUGCUUCGUGCUUGACCGUUCCAAUGGCAGUGGCAGCAAUUCGCCGCGGAACACUAGCAAUCGCAGUUCCCAUAUUCCAGUUCCGAAGAUUCAGCAGAGCCCAGUACGUGCGUGUGGGCUAUCCAAACCCCUGCCUGCCGGAAGCUGGUCCUCAGCGCCAGGUUUGACAGUCAAUACCGGUAACGUGCUGUCUCAGGCGACCACAUCGCUACCAGACGUCAGGAACACCACAGCAAAGCGCAGGACGUCUCACGGAAGCCUGUUGACACCAAUUGUCGCUUGUCUGGACGCCAAAGGCCUGCUGAAGAAAGACACCAACAACGCUGUCAUUGAAGCGUACUUGCAGAAUGUAGAAGGCAGCGCCAUCAGCAGUCCUUCACCAUUGUCGGCGCUUCAAUCUCUGCCUGGUUCUCCAACUCGGCGGUCUGAUGCUCGCUCAGAGAUCUCUACUGCUCAGUAUGCCAGGACUUCCGGGACGUUUGUGCCGCCUCAUAUCCGUCUGAGGGAGCCUAGCGCUGCCAGCACGGUGACUGGGUCUGUGGCAUAUCAGCCAAUGGGUCCACCAGCUCUAGACAAUCGUUCGACGGCCCCAUUCGAAGUUGUCAGGCGCGACUCUGUCAUGCAGACUGAUAGUCCCGUCCUCGGCAAGAGCAAAUCGAUGCGAACCGCUCUGCUCAGACCCACGGCGGCAAUCUUCGAGCCUCGUACGAUGACGACGGCCGUCAAUGUCCCGAAAGGACUGGCGCCCUCACUGGAGUAUAUGCCACAGGAGCAAUGGUCGAGCCUCAGCCCGGAGCAGAAGUCUGAGGUUAACCACGCACCAGCGAUGGCCGGCUUUGACGCCAGAAACACUUUCUCGAGGCAGUCCUUCCACCAAGCGGCGACUUGGCACACCAACGCGUUCUCCCCUGCGAACCAAGCCGGCGCUCCCUACAACGGAUAUGCUCGAUCGAAUGGCGUUCAGGCUGGCCAGAGGAUCACACCGUCCUUCAGUCCCGGUAAGAAGAAUGUGAAUUGGAUGCUGAGGGAUCUCGACGGCACAGAAACGCCCAUCAAGUUCGGCAGGGCGCCACCUCCAUCAAGUGGCCGGCUCUUCACUCCAACCACGCCAGCGGCAGCCACGUUGUCGGACGACACGACGCCGAUCAAGACGCCGUUCAGCCCCAACGGCUGGCGAAUCGGCUCCGCCUUUUCCAAGAGCCCUUACGGCUGGAAGGGUGGUGAUGGCAAGGAGAUUCGCUUUGUGGGCUAUGGUCCACAUGCCGAGCGCGACCCGAACACGGUGGUCGACUUCGACUUCCAGGGCAAGACGGCCAGCUUCUCUACUGCCCUUUCCAAUGGCUUUGAGGAGGGCAACUCUUUGCCGUCGACCGGAGUUGCGCCCAAGUCACAGCGCCAGUGGGCUGAGAAGCUUGGCUACCAGAGUGUGCCAUGCGGCAAUGUUGAGAUCACGCAUGCGGUCGAGCAGAUGCCGUUUGUAUCGCAGCUUGCGGGUUACUGUUACGAUUGCUCGGCGAACAACUGA